UUCAAAUGAUGUGUUAAUGUGUUCAGUCGCGCGGACGGCAUUUUUGAACUGAAAAUGCUUACAUCCGGUUUCGUGAAUGUACCUCAUUUGCCCUUCGUGCUAACUCCAAAUUACACGAAUCAUUCGCAACCAUCCGACAUAUAUCAGGCACCUCAUCUCAGUUUUGCUGACGCCAACGGUGUUGAACGCUAGCUGUACGUCGAGUUCUAAGCGGAAGGGCGGCGCGCUUCAUCCACAAAAGCCGGAACGGGACCUGCGGCUGGUUUACGUAUUGCUUCAUCAGGUCCGGCCGGGUCCUGCCCACGCAGAACGCAGUUGCAUGUGGAGUGGAGUCAAGCUUCACUUCCUCCGCCCCAAAUGCGUCAAUAAGUGGAUUGGGUACGCCCCCUAACCCCGCUGUCCCUUCCUUUCAGUGAUUAAAAGAUGUCAUCCAAACUCCCAAAGGGCAUCGCAGGCAAAUCUAUCUACCAUUUUGCGUGUGCCGCCGCUUCAGUAGUCGCUGUGAUCUCCCUCCUAACUGGAUCUACUGCGGAUCGACAGAUAUCAGAAUUUUGGGGUCCAUUUAAGGCAGUUCCAAGCCACCUAGAGGACUGCCCAGAGGAGUCGAGGCCACGGCGGAAAGUUUACAACGCAUCUGCCAGAGUUUACCGUGAUCGACAUAACGUGGACGUGUGGCACUUGACUGGCAAUGCAACAUCAUAUAUUGUAGUAGACGAUAACAUAACCAUGGACGCUAUAAUUGAUUCUUGGGGCUCAAAUGGAGGCUGGAAGAUGAAUUUCUACCGUAUGCAUGUGCCAAAGGUUUUUACCUUCUGGCGUACCGGCUGGCCGAGCGUGUGGGGGAAAAUAAUGUCCGCAGCUUCACUACCACCUGAUCAUGGCACCACAUUUCCACCAGGAAACUACUCAAUAAAGGACAUAACUUCGGAUUUUGACGUACAUUAUCCUAAGAAAAUAUUUUACGGUAAAUUUCGCCUGACUGCUCAAAUGAAGAAUAGUGUCACUGGCGAAGUACUUGCUUGCGGGCGUGCAAUUUUCAGCUUUGUUCCAAAGACCGCGAAAACAGUGGCGGUCCAUUCCAAACCAAAGUAAUCGUUAAAGUCGUUAGUCAUACUCUCAUAUAGCCGGUUAGUCUGUUCACGAGAAUGAAUAUGUUUGACAUUUAAUUCUGUGUAAAAUUGCUACCCCUUGAACAA